AUGGUUAACAAUCCAGACAACAGCGCCAUCUGGUGGAACGACACUGGCGACGUCAUCGUUAUUAACCAGCAGCUUUUUGAAAAGGUCGUCUUGUCUCCUAGUUUUGAAAAUGAUAAUGAAGACAACUCGGAAUCUUUCAAACUAAGACAGUUUUCCAGCUUCAUUCGCCAGCUUAACCUCUAUGGCUUCAAGAAACCAAGAACAGCUACAUCGGCUACAGAAGAUAUCACAUUAAAAUCCCCUGAAAGAACAAACAACCUUCAUUACUUCUUCAACCCAAACUUUAAGCGCGAUAAUCCUGCACAGUUGAUCAACCUACAGAGAUUAACAGUAGAGUAUAAGGCCAAAAUUAAUAAUGGGCAAUCUUCCCACUGUAGACAAAGGCCGUCUCCUCACCCUUACAAAAAUAAAAGGGCUCUGCCAGAGACACCUCACAUGCCCAGAUGCCCAGUCACUCCAUGCCCCGUGGUACAUCCACAGGGAGGUGAUACAACCAGAGGAGGAGCCUAUAGUGCAAAGAACCCCUACUCACAGGGUCCGAGAUAUGGUUCCCAAAAUGUUUAUGGAAUACAGUCUACAAGUGAGCAAUACCACCAUGAUUCUUUUCAGUGCUACCAACCACAUCUGAUGGCUGUGCCAAAUAGUAUGAAUGGAGCCUUUCCAAUGGAUUUCUACACGGCUCCGUCCCCUCUCGACCUUGUAGUUGCUGAUCACAGCCGUGGCUCACAAAAUAAAGACCAUGUUUAUCUGGAGAAAGUCUUCCAAAUGGCUGAUGAAGUCAGGCUGUAUCAACCAAAUAAAACUGUGUGCCCCUCUAGUCCUUCAGAAGAGGAUUACCUGAAGGUGGCUCCCAACAAUAAAACAGUACGGUUGGCACUUCAGCUUCCUGACACUAAAGUGGAUAUCUGCAAAGUUGAGGAGAAAGAAGUUGAAGUUCUUAACUCAAUCCACCAUGUGCUGGCGGCCAGUGGCGCUCCUGCUGGCCGGGCCAUGAGCGUCCUCCCGCGGCGCCUGGCCGGGCUCUGGCCGUGGCUGCUCAUGGCGGGCCUGCAUGUGGUGCUGGGUCAGCCUGGUCUGGGCCAACCAGAGUCCGAGCGAACGCUUCUACGAGCGCUCAUCAAGGUGACCCUACUCCAGCAGGUGCCCACUGGCAAGCCCAUCAUCCUGGAGGGUCUGUUUGUAGGAGCGAGUGCGGGCUCGGCGGAGGGCAAGUUAAUGCAGUACCACCCUCUGUCUCUGUGUAACACCAGUGAAGAUGAACACCAGGGAAGCCUCUUUGUUGCCAUCGUCAAACUGGAGCGCAGAGUCCCACCCUGCCUGCCCCUGCUGGAUCAGGCUCGCAUGGCCUUGGAGAAAGGAGCCAAGGCUGUUAUCUUUGAUGUCAGUGAUGAUGCCAACGCCGCUGCUGAGCUAAGAAAAGCAGACUCGCUCCCUCGCCCAGUGGUCCUGGUGGAAGCCAAGGAUGCAGACAAGUUAAUGGACUUGGUCAACAAGAACGAGGAGGCUAAAGUGCGAAUUGAGUUAAAGAUGGAGAAAAAAGGGCCAUAUUAUGAUGUUGGUAUUCUACUCACCAUUGUCCUGGCUAUCCUGACAGUCAUCCUAAUCUUUGCUUUUCGAUAUAAGUGCAAAUCCAACAGGACCUGGGAUUCAGUUCAUCAACAAACAAUGCAAGCCAUCAAUCGGUUGGAGACCAAAACAUACAAUUCUCAAGGCUGCUCUGGAUCCCAACGCCACCGUGGGGCAUGGGGUUCGGCAAGCAGCAACUCCAGCCCGGUGUGUGCUGUCUGCCUCGAGGACUUCCAAGACGGACAGAACUUGAGGAUAAUUUCCUGUGCUCAUGAGUUUCAUAAAGAAUGUGUGGAUCCAUGGCUUCUACAGCACCGCACCUGCCCCCUCUGUAUGCACAAUAUCAUGGGAGUUGAACGGCAAAGUCAGAGGAGCAGGCUGCAUCCAGGUUCAGAACAGACCCAGGGCUUUCUCGCUCAGGGUUACAGCACCCCCCACAGCCACCCUUUCCCUCAGCACGCCAUUCCUUUCUCUAUGAGGCCGCACUACCCCCAUGGACCCUCUGGACCUUACCCCAACUUGGGUCAUUACCCUGGAUCUUCCAUGGAUUCACAACCAUUGCGUUUUGUCUCAGGACGACCACUGGGAUCUAACUGUGGAUAUUAUGUGCCUGCAGAGGGCCCUGGACGGCCCCACAGAAUUUCAGGUAAUUGCAGGACUUCUCAUCAUUACGGAGCUCGCCGACCUUGCCACAGUUACCGCUCCUGCGCUGCCCAGCGCAGUGUAUCAAGCUCCAGACUGCAUCAUACAGCUCUGGCCUCCCAACCUCGUAGGUCAGCUGGGCACAGUCGUCAGGAAGAAAGCAGCUGUUCAGGAGGCAGCUACCACACAGAGCGCAGUGGAUAUUUAGCUGAUGGACCAGCAAGUGACUCGAGUUCAGGGCCCUGCCAUGGAUCAUCCAGUGAUUCUGUGCUCAACUGUACAGAUGUGUCUUUACAGUGUGUCCGUGGCAGCUGGUCCACCGUUCGCAGCUCUCUGAGCAGUGACUAUGACCCCUUUGUUUUUUGUGGCCCUGGCCCUGGCCCAGAGCCAGGGGCCCAGGCACGACCGAGGUCUCUGGACUCUGUGGUGGACAAAACUGGCUGUGAGGAGCCGCCUCAGACUGUCUUCAGCCAUGUGCACUUCCACCGCCACAGGCACCACCACUAUGAGGACACAGAACACAGUCAGGCCACACCCUGUGGCUCUGACGAGGAGCAGGGGGCUGCUGCACCCAUGGUUCCCUCUCAUUCUAUAGACUCUCCCAAGCACAGUCCCUGUCAUUGCCCAAAGCCAGAGCCCACAGACUGUCCGAGUCCUGGGACUGAAUCCCAGGAGCUCAGUAUGAGCCCGGAAGCUGCAAUUGGAGUGUCGUCUGUCCCUCUGCAGCUGCAGCCCCACUGUUGCCACUCGGGACACUCUCAUACACACCCCCCUCUUGGACGAGUGGGGGCCUGUGUUCUGGAUGGGAGUACUGUUCGCUUUCACCAGGGACUGGACAUACAGGAUGGCCGCAGCAUCCACAUUCACUACGGCCAAGGCUCGGGCUUCUGCUGCUCCCCCCCUGAGCUUAGGCCUGCUCUGUUGCCUGUGCCUCUCAUCUUGGACUCUGGAGGAAUGGAGGACUGGCCCUGUUGCCCUGGGACACAUGUGGUGUGGCAAAAGCGGGAGCAGCAGUCCCACUCAGAUCCACAGCUGCAGAGUCCAGGAACAACCACAGACAGACCCCCAUGUCGAACCCACCAUGCUGCUGCAGACUUGUGCACAGAUCUGUGUUUAUACUGCCAAACUUUACAACAUAAUCAGGGAUCUGAAGAGGAGUCAGGUGUUUGA